UCCAAUCCCUCAGGACGCGGCCAAUUCUCUCAAUAAUCUCCGCCUCCGGGAAGAUCCCUUUCCCUUUCCCGGCGUUCGAUAUCUCAGCAAGUUCCGUUUGAAUUCUGCGAGUGGUAUCCGAAGCUCCGACAAUGAAUCUGGCAUCCGGCGUCGGUGGAAAGAUGGAGAAAUCCGAAGUUAUCUCCGCUGUUGACAAGUAUGAGAAGUAUCAUGUUCAUUAUGGAGGUAAAGAGGAAGAGAGGAAAGCUAAUUACUCUGACAUGGUUAAUAAGUACUAUGAUCUUUCUACUAGCUUUUAUGAGUUUGGCUGGGGGGAAUCAUUCCAUUUUGCAGCCAGAUGGAAAGGGGAAUCUCUUCGAGAGAGCAUCAAAAGACAUGAGCACUUCCUUGCUUUACAGCUUGGCCUGAAGCAAGAAGAUAAGGUUUUAGAUGUUGGAUGUGGAAUUGGGGGACCACUAAGAGAAAUUGCUAGAUUCAGCAAGGCAUCAGUCAUAGGGCUGAACAACAACGAGUACCAGUUAACAAGAGGAAAGGAGCUCAAUCGCAUUGCUGGAGUGGACAAGACUUGCAGCUUUGUCAAGGCUGACUUCAUGAAAAUGCCAUUCCCAGACAGCAGUUUUGAUGCAGUGUAUGCAAUUGAAGCUACCUGCCAUGCUCCAGAUGCUUACGGAUGCUACAAAGAAAUUUUUAGAGUGUUGAAGCCUGGCCAACAUUUUGCUGCAUAUGAAUGGUGCAUGACUGAUGCUUAUGAUCCCAACAACAAAGAACACCAAAAAUUAAAGGCUGAAAUUGAGAUUGGCAAUGGACUUCCUGAUGUUAGAUCGACCACAAAGUGUCUUGAAGCUCUGAAAGAAGCAGGUUUUGAGGUAAUUUGGGAUAAAGAUCUUGCACUUGACUCUCCUCUUCCUUGGUACUUGCCUUUGGAUACAAGUCACUUCUCACUCAGCAGCUUCCGCCUAACUACUGCUGGAAGAUUUGUCACAAGAAAUCUGGUCAAGGCUUUAGAAUUUGUUAAACUGGCUCCAGAGGGAAGCCUAAGGGUUCAAGAUUUCCUGGAGAAGGCUGCUGAUGGACUGACUGUAGCUGGAAAGAAAGAGAUUUUCACGCCAAUGUUCUUCUUUUUGGCAAAGAAGCCAGGAGGAGGCUCAGGAGGCUAUCACAGCGACUAGCGUGUUUGGAUCGGCAGUAUACACACAGUUUAAAAAAAAGUGACAAUUCAUUAGCUACACUUUAUAGCUUCUUUCUAUAAGUGAUUAUGAGUGUUCCAACCUCUAAAUUAAACACACUCUAAUAUGGUGUUGUAAAUUUAGGCCAUAAAGUGAGUCUUGUUGUUUUAUGUCUUUUCUAUGUUUAGUUUGCCAUGAUUUCACUUUGCUUGUUAUUUGCCGAAGCAGUAUUGGCCUUAUGUUUCACUAGAAGAUGCUGAAUUCUCGUAAUAGCCUCUUGACUCUUGUCUCUUGAGCCCUUACUAUUUGUUUUGAUGAAAAAAAAAACAUAGUUUUUUGUAUUAAA